AACGUAACAUUGUAUUCAAUACACAGAAGCAUUGGAAAUAAGUGUUAAAUUUGAGAAAUAACCAAAAAUAGGAAACGAUUCAUUCAUUAGGUUUAGCCAAGGAAGCGACGAAAUGUUACCGCAUAUGAGUGCGGACGAGGCACAGCCGUCCAUGACGCGAAAGGUUUACAUCAAUCCCAAUUUCCAGAUGCAAGGUCAAACGGCGCAUCAGCUGCCCUUCCAAAUGGCCUUCCAGGCGUUCCAGGCGCCACCGCAACCUCAGCUCCAACCCGCGAUCCACAUCAAUCCGCACUUCCUGCAACGCCAACGGGCCAUGUACGAGCAAUGCCAGCGGGAACAGCAGGAGCAGCUUAUGAUGCAACAGGUCUCCGCCACGUACUAUCAACAGGAUCCGCUAGUGCCAACGACUCCCUUUAUGGCUACACCUCCUCCUCCGCCCGCCAAGAUCAUUAGCAAAGCGAGCACUUGUCUCGUGCGCAAGCCACAAGUCAUGCCAAGUGCUCUGCCAGUGAAGCCCGCUGCUCCUGUACCUGUGUCCAGUGUUUCCAACCUGGUGCAACCUCCAUUGGUAAGCAUUUCCAAGCGGAAGAUUGUGCGCCAAGGAGCUUUGAAAACAGCGCCAGCGGUUGCUGCCCCCCAUCCUCCUCCACCUGCCAAACGCACUAGGUACAAAUUAGUGCGUGCCAUAUCACUUACCUGUACACCGUUGGUCAAGAAGCGUCGUCCUCUUCGCGAGUUUGUGGGCCAGUACGCCCUGAGACGCACCAAUGAAGCGCAGACCACCAAAAAACUGAGCUCCAAGCCGCAGGUGCUAAAGCUGGGCGUUAACAAAUCCCUCAGCAUGGUCAGCAUACACGGCGUGAUGUACAAGAAGAUAUCGAAGAACAAGAUAACUAAGCUGGAUGCCAGUUCCUCCGCAAGGGUAGCCAAAACGACGAGUCCCAGGACCUUGCAGCGCACCUUGUCUGGCAGAACCCUCUUCGUCAGCGGCAAUAAGUUCAUCCUAGAUCCAUCCGGCUGCCGCCUGACCAGAGUUCCACCUUCAGCAACUGGUGCUGCCCAGAGUAGCGUAAAUCGUAGCAUCCUACGGCGCAUCGAUAUCGGCGGCCUUACCUACGUGGCGUCGCCAAAGGCACUGAAUGUCUUUGUACGCACCACCAAUCAUGUAUCGCGAGCUCAUCUAAUCACUGCCAAACAGAGAAGUCUGACGUUGCUCAACAAAUCGUUGGUGAAGACCAAUGUGCCUUGUGCCAUCUUCCAGAAACUGGGCAAGUGCGCAGCCCACAAUCGCGGCAAGUGCCGCAAGCUGCACGAUAAGCGGCAGGUCGCCAUCUGUGUCAGCUUCCUGCGCGGCGAAUGCACCAAGCCCGAAUGCCUGCUAUCCCAUAAUGUCACCCUGGAGAAGAUGCCCGUCUGUCGGUACUAUUUGCGUGGCGUAUGCGUUCGCGAGGAUUGCCCGUACCUACACAAGAAGCUGAGCAGCAAGACCGAGAUCUGCAUUGACUUUGUACGCGGCUACUGUCCGCUGGCUGCCGAGUGCAACAAACGUCACGAGUUUGCCUGUCCCGAGUUGGAGCGCAAGGGCAAGUGCGAGUUGCCCAGGUGCGUGUUCUGUAAAAAGCCGCCAUCGAAGCGGUUGGUCAAGGUCAAGCCUCGUCCCAAACCGAGCUGUAAGCCUGUCGCCGUCCCGGAUACCGCGAAAGAACCUGCCACCGAGGAGGAGAUGCCCACCAGUUCACGGUACUUUGGGUCCCAUAAGGAGCCGGCGGAGCCAAUAUUGACCACGAACGACGUGGAGCAGGAGGAACCUGAAGAGGAUCAGGCGGAAACGGAAGCUCCUGGCCGUCGACGACGACCACAACUGGGAACUCUGCCCUCUUUUAUUCCCUUAGGUGGCGAAGAAGAAUUGUAAGGCAAUGCGAGGUGACUUGGAUCCAACGUUUCAGGUACAAAUUCAUUCGGUUAAGUAUCGUUUUAGCGUUUAUUCUAAGAUUUAACUUCAGUAGUUUACGUUCGAUUUUUAAUAAA